ACAUGAAAGCCAGCCCGUCCAUCAAUAUUAUACAUUAUGUAUAUUGUUUUCCCGGACAAACAGGCGUAAAUAGCAAAAACCAAUCAACAAUCACGCAAAAAACACCACCAGACAAUUUUGAAAUCGAUAUACUUGCACUAGUCCGCUUUCAAUGUCAGUAUUCAUUACCAACCAGCAAUAUAAACCAGUGGCUUUUGUUCUUCUCUCAAUACGCGUAAAAAACUAUCAAAAUGCAGCUACGUGAUUCGGCUAAUCCUUCGGUUUCCACUCUGAGUUCUCGAGCGUUUGCAUUUUUGUAUUACGGUGUAUUUAAAGUAUUAGGACUGUCAACAUGGUGGUGCGACUUGAACAAACUGAUGGAAUUGGAACUGGACGUGAACUUCUACAACCUGGAAUACGAGAUAACAUUCAACCAAAUGUACUACAACGUUAUUUUAGGCGUUUACAUGACUUACCUUAACUACAAUUACUUCGUCUACGAAAGGGGGUACUUCCCAAAAAACAUUGGUCUGAUGGCAGACGGCGCGGUUAAAUACUGCCAGGGUAUAGCCCUCGAAUCAUACUGGAUUGUGCUGAUGAUCUACAUGUUCAAACAACAUGUCCACGUGAAUAUCCUCAACAGAAUGACAGGAAUUGACACCAAAUUGCUUGAAGUCUCGGGUCAAAAAGUAAAAAACGGCUUCAUGAUUUAUUUUAUAUUUCUCUUCCACUUUUCCAUGACCAUUGCGUUGAUAGUUCUGAAAGCAAUUGAUUUGAACGAUAAGCCAUACGAGCAAUGGUUCGUUACUGUCAUGCCGAGUAUUUUCUACAGUUGGAUGGUACUGCACUACAUUCUAUCGCUUGAUUUCCUUCUCAGUCGAAUUCGAAUGACCAAUAAGAUAGCAAAAAAUGCCAAUUACGGUCACAAGUUGUGCUUCGGAACGGUCAUCAAACUAUCAGACCAGAAUAAAACAAUUAAUGAUGAAAUUGAGAGUGUUACUGAAGUGUUUGAUGAGUUAGCUGACAUGGUAGCCGGCUUAGCUAAGUUCUAUGAGCUACCACUGUUUCUUGCAGCUUUGAAUGCUUUGGGAAUUGCUACCUUCAUUAUCUAUUAUAUUCAUUCGUGGCAUCAGGGAGACAUAACUAUUAAAUCAUCAGAGCUCAUCAUUAGUCAAAUAUGCCUCUCGACGAUAAUCAUCGAGGUUCUUUUAUUGGCAUUUUACUAUUUUACUGUCCAGAAAAAGGUGAAACAAACAAGAAAUAAUCUGAAUCUGCUGAUGAGAAGAUUCUAUACUAAAACAAAAGUCGAAGUUACGCAACUGGAGAACUUGGAUGAGGAUUCAGAAUAUCAUCAAGUGAAAGUACAUCGAGACGACUUAUCGUUGUUAUACAACGGUAUUAACAUGUGAGAUCAGCUUUCAACAGCGUCGUCGAAACAAAUUUCAAACAUCAAAACUAACACUCUAGCAAUUCGCCAACUAGACGGCGCAAAAAGUACCAUAAGAAUACGUGUCGCUAUUCUUAAUAUAUGCUGUAUAGCUAUAUAGUGUUUCCUUUCUUUUCUAGCGAUGGAUCGUCAAUAUGACGGCUGUCCAAUUUUAAAAUACAGUGACUACAAAAUUUUUAUAACUGAUUUUUUUUAGU